GCUUCCUGGUUUCCGUCCUCAGGUACAGAUCGGGAGAGGCGGAGUCUGCUUUUUCCUCUCCUGUGCCAAGGACCGGAGAGCGAAGGCAGGAGGGUGAGUCUCGCAGCCAGGCUGGUGCUUGGCUUUGCCCUAGACGAAGGACACUCACACAACGCGCCAUUACAAAGUGCCGGCCCCAUAUUGUGACCCUAACGCCUGCGCUCGGGAGAGUGUUUACACGGGAGAGUGGAGCCCCCUGUCGCUUUCACACCACCCGUUCGCCCCGUAAACAAUCUUGCACCGUUGGGACUCCUUCACUGAAACUUGCAAGAGGCUUCUCUGAAGUUUGUAUCUCCGGUGUAGUCAGUUUCGGUUCCUGUGCAAUUUUGAGCACCGGAUAAAUGCUCCCCCUCUUUGGCACAAGGGUACAAGUCAUCCGGCUUUGAGAGAGAAAGAGAAAGCGUGUGUGUGAACAGAGAGAGAAAGAGAAAGAUCAGCAAGGCUUUGCCCUUCUUUCGGUCCUGGCGUCUUGCUCCCUUUCCUCUCUGCAAAGCUGCCCGUCGAGGGCUGAAUGCCGCGCUGUGACAUUUGAAUCGGGGCUUGCAAGCAGGGCCGGAUUUAGGUUUGAUGAGGCCCUAAGUUACUGAAGGUAAUGGGGCCUUUUAUAUGUCCAGCUGUCCUUUGCCAACUACAAAUUGUCGCUGGGUUUUUUGUGUUGAAUAUAUGCUAUAUGGUAAUUGAUGGACCUAAUAGGUAUCGAAAGCCAUUUGCACAUAACAAAAUAUGUAUUUUAUCAAAGUAAUUGUUGAACUGAAAUACAAUUAAGAAGUACUGUCAUACCCCGGGUUACAGCCGCUUCAGGUUGGGUUUUCUCGGGUUGCGGACCGCCAAAACCCAGAAGUACCAGAAUGGGUUACUUCCAGGUUUCAGCGGUCACGCAUGCGCAGAAGCCCUAAAUCGCGCUUUGUGCAUGCGCAGAAGCACCGAAUCGCAACCCGCGCAUGUGCAGGCACGGGUUGCAAACACUGCAGGUUGCAAACAUGCAUCCCGCACAAAUCACAUUCGCAACCCAAGCGUCCACUGUACAGUGGUGCCCCGCAAGACGAAUGCCUCGCAAGACGGAAAACCCGCUAGACGAAAGGGUUUUCCGUUUUUGAGUUGCUUCGCAGGACGAAUUCCCCUAUGGGCUUGCUUCGCAAGACGAAAAUACCUUGCGAGUCUUGAGAUUUUUUUUUUGCUUUUCCCCCCCUUUAUCUAAUCUGCUAAGCCUUUAAUAGCCUUUAAUAGCCUUUUAGCAGCUAAUCCCCUAAGCCUUUAAGCCUUUAAUAGCCGCUAAACCGCUAAUAGCGCUAAUAGCGCUAAUCCGUCAAUGGGCUUGCUUCGCAAGACGAAAAAACCGCUAGACGAAGACUCUCGCGGAACGGAUUAAUUUCGUCUUGCGAGGCACCACUGUAUAUUAAUAGUGAAAUACAAUUCAGAAGAAGUAUAUUAAUAGUGAAAUAAUUAUUAAGCUAUUAAGGAGCCUAUGCAACACAAAGCACUGUUGCUGUAAGUAGGUUUUAUGUUAUUUGUUUUUUAUCUUAUAUUUUGGAAAUGUACAUCCAGUUUUCCCCCCUUAAAUUAUUUUGGGGGGGCCCCAAGAGAGUGGGGCCCUAAGCUAUAGAUCAGGCUUCCUCAACUUCGGCCCUCCAGAUAUUUUGAGACUACAGUUCCCAUCAUCCCUGACCACUGGUCCUGCCAAAAACAUCUGGAGGGCCGAGGUUGAGGAAGCCUGCUAUAGAUUGUUUAGCUUAUACGUUAAUACGGCACUGCUUUUAAGGCUAAACUCCAGAAACAGUAGCUUGUGGGCAGGGCGCUGCUGGAUGAGGCCUCCUACCCUGCUGCGUUGACUGGAAUCCAGGGGGAUUUCCUCAUAUGCUUUGCCUUUGGGAAGCAAUGACUUGCAGAGGAAAGAGGAAGCUGCCAGCAGAUGCCCCUGAGCUCAAACAGAUGAGUCCUGAGGCACCAGGACAGAGGCCAGCGCUUAAUGCAGUGCUCAGCUGAGAUCCAGCCUCUCAUACCAGGUAUGUGCGGGAGCUCCAGUCCUCUGGCUACACAGAAGGACAUAGGCAGCAGUGCUCAGUGGUGGGAUUUUGUCCAAGGAGGGCAGAGAAAUCAGGGAAAGGGCCAAGGGGUUCCAGGAGGCAAGCUUCAUCUGCCUAAAACUCUCAAAUCUGCCCUGAUAUCUCAAGCUGAAGAUCUCAUGCAGACACCGUGGCUAGUUCUCAAGUUUCUUGAAGCAUUAUAUUUUCAAUUCUUUGCAGGAAAAAACCAAGUCAAAGAGGUGUCUGUGAGGCAGGGCCCACCACGCCACAGUGUGUUCAGGCUAGACCCACACCCCACGGAUUCAGGAAGUAGGGAAUAUUCAUCUUAUAUGUAAGAGAAUCUUUAGAACUGGGACCUAUUCAACUUUUGCAUGCGAGCAUACGGAAAUUCAUGUAUCUGCACACAAGACUCGUUUUAGUACCAACUGUUUUGGCAAAGGAGAGAAACAGGUAGCAGUUGCUAUUGUGUGGCCAGCAUUUCUCAGGCAAAGCUAUGAGUAGAAAAGUGUGCUAGAUGGCUGGAGAGGAAUGGCAUGUUUGUUUGGCUUUCUAGAGCAAUUUUGGGAGUGGUGUUCUUGUUUUUCUCCUCCCACUCCAGAGUUGGUCCUGAGAAUAGAUGUGACUCUCUCUGUCUCUCCCUCUCUCUCAGACAUUAAAAGCCGUGUAAAAAUACGAUUACACAAAAUGCAUUUACAGUCUCUCUCUCUCUCUCUCUCUCUCACACACACACACAAAAUUUCCUUCCCCACUCCAUUCAAUUAUUAACAUGUGCAAAGGUGAGUGACUGGGUUUCACCAGCAGUCUGCUUUGUCAUAGUAUUCUUAGCUGUCCUGUAAGCAAUGUUGAAAAAAAAAUAAUUUUCAAGCAUGUGGGCAGGAGGCAGGAGGUCUGGGCCCCAGCACAAAAGACCCAAGGCUCAGGUCCCCUAGUCCACCUCUUCACCACAGCCCUGGGGGGUGGGCUUUAUGGGUGAACUGUAUGGAAAAAGUCACAGAGUUGCCUUAGAAAAGUGUAUGCCUACAUUUAAAGUAUGUUUAAAACACUUCUCUCUCUGUCCCCUCCCCAGAAUCCUGGGAAAUGUAGCUAUGUGAGUAUUAAACUAAAGCUCGCAUGAUUCUUAGGGGGGUGCUUUAAAUGUAUGGAGCAUACACAGCCUGGGAAAUGGGGGCAAUGUGUGGAGAAAGAAGCAGAAACAAUGUUAGCUGUAAGCAAAUGGCUGUAUUGUGGGCUGGGUAAGGCUACAGAAAAUACCACUAAAGUUGCAGAUGACAUCCUUGUGAAAGGCCUAGCCUGGGUCAAUUCUGGCCACUUGAAACUAGUUGCUUUAGUUCCUUGUGUAUUUAGGGAAGGAAUGAUUGCUCAGAAUCUUGGGUCCUUUCUGGAUGCAGGGAAAACGCACACCAGGUUUUUCCUUUAGCAUUGCAGUAGUGCUAGUCACCAUCAAAUGUCAUUAGCAUGAUAUAUUGCCUCCCCGUGAGCAUGGUGGAGCAUUGCUGCAAGUAAUAGCCAACCAUGUGCAUAUUUCCCCCUGUUUGUUUGUUUGUUGCCCAGGGUUCACUGUGGUCUAAACCACUGAGCCUCUUGGGUUUGCCAGUCAAAAGGCCGGCAGUCCGAAUCCCCACAACAGGGUGAGCUUCCGUUGCUCUGUCCCAGCUCCUGCCAACCUAGCAGUUCGAAAGCACGCCAGUGCAAGUAGAUAAAUAGGUACUGUUGUAGUGGGAAGGUAAACAGCAUUUCCAUGCGCUCUGGUUUCCAUCACGGUGUUCCGUUGCACCAGAAGUGGUUUAGUCAUGCUGGCCACAAGACCUGGAAAGCUGUCUGUGGACAAAGGCUCCCUCAGCCUGAAAGCAAAAUGAGCGCUGCAACCCCAUAGUCGCCUCUGACUGGACUUAACUGUCCAGGGGUCCUUUACCUUUAACCUUGCUACCCUUGGGCUCAGGGGAUUAAAAAAGGCUCUCCACCCCUCUCCUUAUGAAUGGUUGUUUACUUUGUAGGCAAGCUGAGGCAGAGCUAUGGCCAGCGGCAAAGAGAUUCUUCGUGUGGUCAAGGACUUAAAGAGUAAGUGCACAUGAUUUUCUUAUGUGCUUCUUCCCUUUCCUCCAUGUGAGCGCAUGCAUACAAAGCAUGAUCUGGGGGUGUUUCCCCUCUUGUGUUGACUAUCAUUUGCACCUCCAAAUCUCUGGGUUCCCCAAUGCUUGCAGAUAUCUCCCUCUUGUUUCCCAGAGGUGCUAUUUUGGCUAUAAACCUAUUGUCCUGCCCUGCAUUACAGGGCGUAGUAGGGUAGCAGGGCUGGAACAUUUAACGCUUUGGAAUGUGGCUUAAUUGCACCCCUUUCUUUAUCUAGAUACUGUGACCAAGUUAAACAAAAACUACCAGGAGCAGGGACUACCGGUGACAGACGGGACUCGGGAGCUGCAACAAUUCUGUGCCCAGCUGGAGUUCCUGUUGCAGGUAAGGCACCUCUAACAGACUUGGGUUGAUGAUGUGAUAGUAGCAGACAUCGUGUGAACUGCAGCUUAAGUUGGUGCACCCACAAAGUCUGCAGCAUUUGACUCAUUCUGCCCCGCUCUGGUGCUGCUCUUCCCACAAACCUUUUCUGCAUCCUGUAGCAAAGUGCAGGUGAUCCUUGAGGUUGUGUCAUCUUAAGCUGUGUGAUAAAUAUCCGAGAGGGCAGGUUUUUGUUCGUUUCUAUUUUUUCUGUGCUGCAACUGCAGCCCAUUAAUACGAACCCAAAGGGCCUAACUUAGUUAGCUAUUAUUGUUCUUUCAAAAGCAAAUGUAUGCCCUGCCCACACAGUGCAGUCACAACGCUCGGAGCAGCUUACAAGAAGGUCAGAGCACAUGGCAAGCCCUGCUGGAUCAGGGCAAAGGUCCAUCCAGUCCAGCAACUUCUUCUAACCAUAGGCAACCUGAUGCCCAUGGAAAACCUGCAGGCGGGACCGGUACGCAGCAGCAGUCACCCUGCUUGCAAUUCCCAGCAGCUGGUUUUCUUUUUUCUUUUUUUAAAUGAUAUUUAUUAAAAGUUUAACAAUUACAGAAAAAAGGAAAACAACACAAAAUUUAACAAGACAUACAUUACAAUACAUAAAAAGGAAACCAUGAAAAAAAUACAACAAUAUAACAAAAAAGAACACUAAAAAUCCAAUAUUCCAUAUCUUUAUCUUUCAUUUACUUGUUUCAUCGACCUCCUCACACCUCCCUUUUUGUAUUCUAGUUCAAUUAAUUGUUUCAGCAAAUUCUUUCCAUCUUUCUCAAUUUUUGUUCUAUAAUUUAUCUUAACAGUCUAACCUAUUUAUUAACUCAGCAAAUCCUUUCCAUCUUUAGCUGUAUUCUAUCAUUAAAUUACCUUAAUUUAUUUUAACCUUAUCUUACCAUAAAAAGCCUUAAAACUUAAAACUUAAUACUUAUUUAUACAUAACUCCUUAUAUCAUUUCUACUAAAGCCAAGUAGUUUCAUUCCAACAUUUUUCCUAACACUCAUUAAUUUUACACUAAUUCUCAAAGUGAAUUUUUUAAAAACUUUCUUCCAAUCUUCAUCCAACGUCUCUUCUUCCUGGUCUCGGGUUAUGUCAGUCCUUUCUAUCCAUUCCAUCUAGUCCAUCAACCUGGUGAUCUUCUGUCCGAGGCUCUUAAGCCUUUUCCAUGUCCCUUCUGCAGAUCUUCUUCUUGUUUAUACCUGCACUUUACUUUGUCUUUUGCUGAUCUUAUUCUUAAUUUCCUUCCUUUCUCAUUGAGGAGUAGGUCUCGGGGAGACUCCAACCUAACCAUAUCUCCCUCCCCCCUCGGCAGGUCAGCCCAUUCUCCGCAGUCAGCACUGUAAUCCAAAAAAUAUUUAUAGGCAUGUUUCAAAGUCCCUCCAAAGUUAAGAACCCCCACAACUCCAGACUCCCCCUGGCCCAAAACCAUAUCCCAAAAGCCGAGACAUCCCUGCAUAGGGGGGUCCAUCCAACUUCCCAUCUCCAAACCAAACAGUACUCCAUCUCUCCAAAUCUGACUUUCUCCAGAUUCAGUCGUCAAAGACAGCAACUUAUGUUCUGACAAGGGCUCGGGUCUCUCCAUUUGUGUUACUUGAGGUUCAACAACAACCUCCUCCAUUAUCUUCUGCACUUGCCCUGUCAAAGCAGAUUCCUGGGUUGGUUCCUGAGUGGUUUCUAUAUAAGUAUUCACUGUUUGUCCAAAAUUACUGACUGCAACAGUCAUCAAAUCCAUCUUCUCAUGCAGCUGCUCCAACAAAGCACUUGCCUUGCAAAAAGCAAGCACCAAAACUUCUUCUAAGCACAUUCUUAUCCAAGGUCAAAGUCUAGUCUCACGAUCCUUAAUCUCCACAGCUGUGGAAUUCCCCAGAUCGACUCCAGCAACAGUUUAACAAGCUCCCUCUAGAGGAGACAAUUUCUAUUUGUAUCCAUCUUUUGAAAGCAGGUCCAGCAAGAAAAAAAAAAUUUAAAAAAAAUACUUUCGUUUUUCAAAUUUUUUGUUUCUUUUAAAUGCAAAAGGCAACAUUGGAAUCAAUAUGUUUCUCUUUUUUAACUAUCUGUCAAAAGACGUUUCAUUCACAGUCGAUGAACUUCCCCAAAACGUCUGUCUCUGACACCCCGUUCCCAGGUUCGAGACGGUGGAAAUUUAUCUUUCUUUACUCUCUCUCCUACAGGUUUAAACAAUUUAAGAUUCCCCCCCUCUUCUCCUGCUUCCAAGAGGGGUUUUGGUAAUUUUAACUGAAGGAAAUUUAGUCCUUUAUAUACGACUUUCCAGACUUUAGCUUGCAAAAUUUUUGCUUCAGUCUAUUUACAAAAGCGGAAGGCGGACUUCCUGUUUAGAACCUUCCCGCUUUGGUGCCAAAUUGAAAUGUUUCGUAGUCCAAUUUUCCGUUCUACUCACGGGUAGUUGUUUAGAGUCCAAUUGUCCACAGGAAAAAGUCAGCACUCUCCGGCAACGGCUGUGCGGCUUCACUCCAUAAAAGUAGCAGUCGAUUCAAAACACCGCGCCACUCACCCCACUUCGCUUCGGGUCCCCUAAAAAGGGUUUCCCCGCGAGUAGGGGAGGCGCUCUUGGUGUCAGCCGAAUCCCACGUUCCCAGGCUUCCUCCGCCUGGGAUUUUUGAAGGGUCUCCACCUUCGCCGCGGCGGCAAGACCCGAUUUUCGCGGAGCGGGUUCCUCUCGGUCAGAGGAACUCCGCCAUUGCCGAUGGCGCUAACCCGGAAGUCUCCCAGCAGCUGGUUUUCAGAGGCAAGUCAACAAUUUAAAGCAGUAAAACAUCCACAUGAACAAACCUGGACCCUAAGAUCUUGGGAGGCUUGAAAGUGUGAUGGGUGGCUACUGUGAAAAGGGCCUUUUUGGUGGAUGCCCCUCCCUAGAGAGACUGGUCUUGAGCCUAUCUUAGCCUCUUUCCAGUGGCAGGGGAAGUCUUCUUCAUUUUCUCAGGCUUCUUGGAUCCAUACACUUUUAAGCCAUGGAACCUUGCAGUGGUGUUGCUCUGUAUCCCCUUCUGUUGUUUUACUGGUGGCAACUGAAACAUUUGUGUAACUUCUUGUUGCUUUAUUGAUUGGUGUUGCAUUUUAAUUGGGGGGUUUUAAAUAUACAGUGGUAUCUUGGUUCUCAAACUUAAUCGGUUCUGGAAGUCUGUUUCAAACCAAAGUGUUCCAAAACCAAGGUGCGCUUUCCCAUAGAAAGUAAUGCAAAAUGAAUUAAUCUGUUCCAGCCUUUUAAAAACAACCCAUAAAACAGCAAUUUAACAUGAAUUUUUCUAUCUAAUGAAACCCUUGAUCCAUAAAAUGAAAGCAAUAAACAAUGGACUGCAAUCACACAAUCAAUCAGUAGCUGAACUGGGUUCCACACAGUCACAAAAACACAAAAAAGAGCCGCAAAAACAGACAGACCUCAGCGUAACACUCAAAAUGGAAGCGUAACACUCAAAACUGAGCACGUUCGGCUCCUGAUAAAAGUUCGCAACCUGGAACACUUACUUCCGGGUUUACAGUGUUUGGGUUCCAGGUUGUUUGAGUACCAAGGUAUUUGAGAACCAAGGUACCACUGUAUAUAAUUUUAUUAAGUUUUCUGUUUUACAAUUUAAAAUACUCAUUUUACAUCCUUAGGAUAUCAGUGACUUCCCUUCUUCUCUUUCCAUGAUUCAUUUUACAUACCAUAAAUCCCUGCAUAUUUUACAAAAAAUAUACAGUGGUACCUCGGGUUACAGACGCUUCAGGUUACAGACGUUUCAGGUUACAGACUCCACUAACCCAGAAAUACUACCUCGGGUUAAGAACUUUGCUUCAGGAUGAGAACAGAAAUCGUGCAGCAGCGGCACAGCGGUAGCGGGUGUCCCCAUUAGCUAAGGUUAAGAACAGUUUCAGGUUAAGAACAGACCUCCGGAAUGAAUUAAGUUCUUAACCCGAGGUACCACUGUAUACCAUUCAGUAUUUCAUUAUCACAUUCAUCAAAACUUGUUUACACUGUUGAAUUUAUCUUAAUGCUGCCAGCAUUUUCAGCAUGUUGCAUUUUAUUUGUUGGGUGUGGGAUACAAAUACUACUGCAAAUGAGUAAAUAAAAAUUAACAAUGCCAUUAUCUUUGCUUUCCCUCCACUCUGCUUGGUCAUUAUAGUAUGAUCUGAAAGAAAAGAGAAAUCUCUUUGGGCAAAGGAAAGAUUACUGGGACUUCCUAAGCCGAAUCCUGACCAGACUGCACAGUGGUGUUCAUGCAGGGGUGCAACAUGUCACCUCCCUCGACAAAGUAAGAUUGGCUGAUGCUAUUAAUGGUAUCGUCACUAUUAUUUAUUCAAUUUGUUACUCAUCCUUCACUAUGUGGUUCCAGGGCAGGUUACAACCAUUUUAAAAUACAAUGCGAAAAACAGUUAAAACAGUCAAGAGAAUGGGGUGGGUCCUCAAAUUUGCAUCUUGAGUUGUCAGAGGCCAGAGCUGCAUCUUCAGUGUAUGACAAAAACUACACAAUAAAUGUUCCAGAUGCAUCUUUGAGGGGAUAAAUUUCCACAACUUGUGAGCAUUGGGGGCAGGAAUGGGUACAUGUGUAUACACAAGGGCCACAGAAGGAAAUGGCUAUAGACCGAUUUCUGAAGACAAAUGGAUUACAGAAAAUAUCCCAAGAAAGUAAGUUAAUGCUGAAUUAUAAAAUAUCUGAACAGGAAGUAGAAGGUGCCAUUCAAAAUAUGCAAUUAGGCAAAUCUCCAGGACCGGAUGGGCUGACUUCUAGAUAUUAUAGAUCUUUGAAAGAGUGGUCAUUACAACCUUUAAAGGAAGUCUGCAAUGAAAUAUUGGAAGGGAAAAGGGCACCAGAGUCUUGGAAAGAGGCGUACAUUACACUUAUACCGAAGACAGAGACUGAAAAGACUCAGCUUAAGAACUACCGCCCCAUAUCGUUACUUAAUGUGGAUUACAAAAUUUUUGCAGACAUUUUGGCCAAGAGAUUGAAAAAAGUAUUGAUGGAAGAGAUUCAUAAAGACCAAGCGGGCUUUCUCCUGGGAAGACACUUGUCCGAUAAUUUGAGGAAUAUAAUUGAUAUUUUGGAAAAACUAGAAGUGAACAUAAAUACUAAAACAGUUUUGAUAUUUGUGGACGUGGAGAAAGCUUUUGACAAUAUCUCUUGGAGUUUUAUGAAGAAGAACCUACAGGGGAUGGGGGUAGGCCAAGGUUUUGAAAACGGUAUAAGUGCAAUUUAUUCAGAACAAAAGGCUAAACUAAUUGUAAAUAAUGUGGUGACGGAAGAAUUUAGGAUAGAAAAAGGGACAAGACAAGGUUGCCCAAUUUCCCCAUUGCUUUUUAUAUCGGUCCUGGAGGUUCUGCUGAACAUGAUUAGAAGGGACCGGUUGGUUAAAGGUAUACAGGUCGGAGCCAAACAGUACAAAUUGAGAGCAUUUGCAGAUGACUUAGUAUUGACGUUACAGGAGCCAGAAUCUAGUACCAAAAGAGUUUUAGAACUGAUUCAAGAAUUUGGUCAAGUUGCAGGAUUUAAGUUGAAUAAGUUAAAGACCAAGGUUUUAGAGAAAAAUUUAACACCAAUGGAGAGAGAGAGGUUUCAGAAUGAGACAGGUUUAACAGUGGUUAAGAAAGUUAAAUACUUGGGGAUUAACAUGACAGCAAAAAUGGGAAUUUAUUUAAAGACAACUAUGAAAAAUGCUGGGCUGAAGUGAAAAAGAUUUAGAAAUUUGGUCAAAUUUGAAGCUUUCACUGCUGGGCCGUAUUGCUGCGGUAAAAAUGAAUGUAUUGCCUAGAAUGUUGUUUUUGUUUCAAACACUGCAAAUUGUGGACAAAAUGGACUGUUUCAAGAGGUGGCAGAGAGAUAUUUCUAAAUUUGUCUGGCAGGGCAAGAAGCCUAGAAUAAAAUUUAAAAUAUUAACAGAUGCAAAGGAACGAGGUGGAUUUGCCCUGCCAGACUUUAAACUUUACUAUGAAUCAGCAGCUUUUUGCUGGUUGAAAGAAUGGUUGCUUCUUGAAAACACUGACAUUUUGGAUCUAGAAGGGUUCAACAAUGUAUUUGGAUGGCAUGCAUAUCUGUGGUAUGAUAAGGUCAAAGCACAUAAAGCAUUUAAAAAUCACAUUGUCAGGAAAGCAUUGUUUAAUGUCUGGAUAAGAUACAAGGACUUAUUGGAAAAUAAAACUCCAAGGUGGUUGUCACCGAUGGAAGCAAAAGCUCUGAAAAAGCUCAAUAUGGAGGCCAAAUGGCCGAAAUAUUGGGAAAUUUUGGAACAAGACGGAGAUAGACUGAAAUUGCAGAGUUUUGAGAAAUUAAAAAACAAAGUGCGAGAUUGGCUUCAUUAUUAUCAGAUAAUGGAGGCAUAUAAGUUGGAUAAGAAAAUUGGUUUCCAGGUGGAAAAAUCAAAAUUAGAAACAGAACUAUUAGAACCCAAAACUAAGAUUUUGUCAAAGAUGUAUAACUUGCUGUUGAAAUGGAAUACUCAGGAUGAAAUGGUGAAAUCUGCUAUGAUUAAAUGGGCACAAGAUGUUGGACAUAACAUAAUGAUGGCUGACUGGGAACAGUUAUGGACCACAGGUAUGAAGUUUACGGCAUGUAAUGCCUUAAGAGAGAAUAUUAUGAAAAUGAUAUACAGGUGGUACAUGACCCCAGUCAAGCUUGCAAAAAUUUAUCAUUUGCCCGAUAACAAAUGUUGGAAAUGUAAAGAAACUGAAGGUACAUUCUUUCACCUUUGGUGGACGUGCCCAAGGAUUAAGGCUUUCUGGGAAAUGAUAUACAAUGAACUGAAAAAGUAUUUAAAUAUACCUUCUUGAAAAAACCAGAGGCCUUUCUCCUGGGCAUAGUCGGUCAAUUGGUGCCAAAGAAGGAUAGAACUUUUUUCAUGUAUGCCACAACAGCAGCAAGAAUACUCAUUGCAAAGUAUUGGAAGACACAAGAUCUACCCACUCUGGAAGAAUGGCAGAUGAAGUUGAUGGACUAUAUGGAACUGGCAGAAAUGACUGGCAGAAUCCGAGACCAGGGAGAAGAGUCGGUGGAAGAAGAUUGGAAGAAGUUCAAAGACUAUCUACAGAAAUAUUGUAAAAUUAAUGAAUGUUAGAACGAUGUUGGAUAGAAAUUAAGUGGUUUCCAGCUGUAAUGCUUUAAGGGAAUAUGAAAAAUGGGUUGUUAAGAGGUAAAAAUCUAACGUUACUAUUUUAAGACCAAAGAUUAGGACAAAUAAAGAGGGUAAGGAUUUGCUGAACCAACAAACUGAACUGGAAUACAAAAAAGGGAGGUAUGAGGAGGUCCGGGAAACAAGCAAAUGAAAGAUAAGUGAUUGAAAGAUUGAAUUGUUUUUAACUAUUUUUAUUUUGUAUUUUCCUUUUUCCUUUUUCUAUUUUGUAAUAUUUUGAAAAUCCUAAUAAAUAUCUUUUUUUAAAAAAAGGAAUGGGUACAUGUGAAGAAGUGGGGAAGGAGAAAGGGGGACAUGGGCAUAGCCAGGGGGCAACUGUCCCCCCAAUCAAGUAAAUAAAGAAAAAUACUUAACAAGCCAACCAAUUGCAUCACAGAUAACUUGGUUCUGUCCCCCUAACAUAAAGCCUGCCCCCCCAGCUACGCCCAUGUCUCCCUUUCUCCUUCCCCAGUUCUUCACAUGUACCCAUUCCUGCCCUCAAAAUAAAUCCUGGCUACGCUCCCCACCCAGAGGUACAAUGUGAUGGCACUGUCUCUUGUCAACAGGGUCUGCCUGAGGCAGUGCUUCUCAUUGGAAGGAGAUCCUGCAGAGCAGGGACCAGGAAUCAGGGAGAUGCUGCACAUCAUUUGUUCUAGUGAUCGAAAGGAUGCUCAUAUUAACAAGGGCAAACAGCCCUUAGGGGUUAUUUGAAAAGGGAGCCUCUCCUAAAUCUGGUGCCUUGGGCUGGGUGUGGCUGAUGGGAGUUGUAGUGCAAAACAUUUGGAGGGCACCAGGUUGGGGAAGACUCAAGUGUGCCUUACACCUGGGCUGUUCACAUAUUCUUUCACAUCUUACUGUGCUUUAUGCAAAACUAAUUUAAGAAUACAGCACUGUUUUUCAAUGUUAAGAGCCAUACACCCAUAGCAGGAUAGCUCAGUUGAUACUGGGAUAGCUCAGUUGGCAGAGCUUUAGACUCUUAAUCACAGAGUCGUGGGUCUGAGCCCCACACUGGGCAAAAGAUUCUUGCAUUGCAAGGGGUUGGAUUGAAUGACCCUUGCCGUCCCUUCCAACUCUACAGCUCUGUGUUCUAUGUUUGUUAUCUACAAUUAAGCACAUGGACAUGUAUUUCUUAGUGGGCUGUUUUUAAUGAACCACUAAGGAUUGCAUAGCAGCAUAUAUAUUAGUAUAAACAGUAUAUAAAAGAACUGCUGAAUAAUCACAGGGAAAUCAUGCCGUAUUUUCAGGGCUGGCCCUAGCAUUGGGCAGUGUGUGGUGACCGCCUCAGGCAGCAAAUGCAGAGGGGCAGUGGGCAUAGCCCUUUGGUUGUUCCUCUUGAACCCCAAACCCAGAAUUUAUGCCAGGCCAGAUGGGGUAGAGAUGGUGUCAAUAAAGAAUCACCUAAUGAAUAUGGCAACUCUUGAAGGCUUUCCCACCUUUGAAUGUGAAUCUGUUUCCCUUGGUAGCUGAAAACAGCCGUGGGGAAGGGCCGUGCUUUCAUUCGUUAUUGCCUGGUCCAUCGGCAGCUGGCGGAGACCUUGCAGCUUUGUUUCAUGGAGCCAGAAGUCAUCAGGUAAGAGCUUGAAGGUGAAAGUGGCAUGGCAAUGGGAGAGGAAGCUUGCAAUGCAGGAAAACAAGGUCGCACACUAUCCUCAUAUAGUGCAAAGGAAGAGGGCAGAACGAUGGGGAAGUUGGGAUAGCACAGGGAUCUCCAAGGUGACACUUGUGGGCACCACAAUGCCCUGAGAUGCACACACACACACUCCUGGUAGCUGCCAAGGCUCUCUGUCCCUCCCAGUUUUUUAUUCUUCAAAAUAGUAAGACUUCUAUGGCUUAGAGAAAGUUGUCAGGUGGUUGUUGUUGUUAUUUUCCAUUCAUUCAUUCAUUUAAGGAUUUAUAAACCACCUCCCAAUAAAUGUUUCUGAAACAGAAUGCAACAUAUCUUAGUAAAAAUGGAAUAUAUAAAACAUUUUUAAAAACAAACUUUAAGAUAACUGCAUUACAAAAUUAUGUAUGCAUUUAUAUGGGCCAGCUUCUUUUCUAUCUCUGCGUUAUUUGUUUUGAGGUUCAUGUAGGUAUUUUUCCCGUCCUUGCUGUCGUCGUUUGGCUUGGGGUGGGGGAAGGUUUGAGCAUCGCCAGUUUUCCUCUGUGAGAUGAGCAUUUUGUGGCACCCAGGACAUUUUCUUAGAUUUCCAAAUGUGCACCUGGGCCCCUAAAGGUUAGAGUCCCCCAACACAAUGAGUUUGUUUAAAGUCUCUGCUAUGUAUGUAUUUAUGGUUUGCUCUUUGCAGUGAGUGGUACUACGCACGCAGCCCUUUCUUGGAUCGAAAGCUGUGGACGGACAUCUUGGGCUUCCUCUAUGAGCUGGAUGGCAUGGCCUUUCACCUGGCCCUGCGCAGAGGAGACCUGGAUGCUGCGUGGCCCGUGGUCUCUGAGUGAGUAGCAGGCGCUGCGUAUUUUCCAUGGAUGCAGAUACAGCCUCCCCACUCUGAGCUUUCUGAGUAAGGCAGUCAAAGGAAGUGGGCGAGGGGAGGGGCUUUGUUGCAUGUUGUCACCAGCAGAAGGUGCUCUUCCCUCCUCAAAAGUUUUCACACCAGAGCAUUUGGUUCAGGUCUUGUUCUGCCACUGCUAAGCUUCUGUUAUUUUGCAGGCGGCUUCACAGCAUAAAGCCACGGAAGUGGUAAACCUCAUAGAAACAGAAAAAAGUACUGAGAUGCAAGCUCUGCACUAAUAGAAUCAGUUCAUCAAACUAAAACAGUGAAAACAGCCAUACAAAUGCUAAAAAUAACAAAACAAUUUCAUAAAAUUGGCCUUCCAUAAAUGACUGGGCUACACCUCCAGGAAAGCCUUCCUAAACAAAAAUGUCUUCAUUUAUGCACCUAAAUAUCAUCAUGGGAGACACCUGUCUGAUUUUGGUUAGUAAUUGAUCCCAGAGAGCUGGAGCUGCCAAAAGCCCACUUUCUAGUACAGGCUAAGUGUAUCUCUGGAUGCUAAUACUGAUAUCAUCAGCAUCCUUGCAAAUCCGCUGCUUUGAUCUCUUCCAGAGUUUUGCCACGAUGUUCCAACCCAGCUGCUAUGCACUCCCAGCAGAAGGAAGCAUCCUCUGAGGUACAUAUUCCCCACUUCCUUGCCUAGCCCGUUGCAAAAUACUUCCUGCCCUAAGACCCCAGCAAUGAUUUUGGAUCACUGGUGUACCUUGAGAGCUUUUCCUUUCCCUGUCAUGAAAAUGGAUCUAGAACCUGCAACCCCUUCCCAGCCCAAACACAGGAGGGCUGUGGUGGUCACUUGUUCCCCUUCCUGGUUUAGGAAAACGUGUCUUGGUGGUGGUAUGGGCUGUAGCCAAUCAACACUCUCUACAGCUGGCUUUUCCUCACCUCAGAUGUGCAGAGCCAGUUUUGUGGAGCUCACACUAAGAGAGGAAAGGGUACAUUUGUAUUAAACACUGUGGGGGCACUUCAAAACCUGUCCUCAUUACUUUACAAAUGUUGUGUCUGUCUUUAUCUUACCUCGCAUUAAAAAGCGAGGGAGCUCCUAACUUUGCAAACCUUAGAUUGUUGUUCAGCCUCUUGUUCACUUUUUUCAUUCACAGUAGUUUAGAGGCCUUUAUUCCUGGCUGUGAACCAACUUUUGAAUCUAGCACCCAUUGAUAAUACUCUAAUUUCCUAGGAUCCAGCCUGAUCCCAUCACUCUGUACCAAACAAUUUAUGUGUUUGUUGACCAUAGGUUGGGAACUCAAACAGAGACUGCGGGAACCACCAAGGGGCCACCAAAGUUCAUGAGAGCUCGCCAAGAACCACUAGUGACCAACAUGCUGUUGAGCCAACUGCUGAUGAUCGACUCAGUGCUGGGCUGGAAAACUCUAUGGAGAAAUGGGUUGGGAUCUGGAGAAGCAGGAAGAACAGUCUGCUGCAGAUGGGUGCUUUCUUGAAGCUGAGUCAUUUUAUGGAAGCGGAUCCAGCUGCUGGCAAGGAGGUGCAGAAGGGAAAUGGUGAGCUGCAGACCCAAGUGGAGAAGCUGAGCAAGGAGCAGCCAGGAAGCAUCUCUUCCAUCGAGGAACGGUGUUCCCUGCUUCAUCAGACAGAUCACUGCCUGUGUGGAAAGAUGGAGAGUCCACCUACUGAAGGUGACACCAAGUGGAAGCAGGACUUCAAAACACUGAUGUGGGAGCUUGCUGCUUUGCGGCAAAAAUUGGCCCAGCAACAAGAGGAGAAUGCAUCUCUGAGACUAGCCCUUUUGGAGGAAAACCAGCUUCUGAAAGAGGAGCGGGCAAAACAUGAGCAGCAACACAAGGAGAAGAUGGAUGAGCAGGAAAAACAGCAGCAGGAGUUGGCCAAAACCAUCAAGGCCCUCAGGGAGGCAGAGGACAAGGUUGCCAACCUGACUAGCGAAUGCCAGGAGGCCUGGUCCAAGAGAGAUGCCGCCGAGAGGUCUCUAGAGGAGGCAGAGCAAAGGCUGAGUUCUCAGGAGGCAGAGAGGAGGAAGCACUUGGCAGACAUUGAGGCCCAAGAGUUAAGGCGCCAGCAGCUGGUCUCUCGGUGUCAGGGCCUACAGGAGAAGCUGAAGGCAUGCGAAGAGAGCUUGGAGAAGUGGGAAGCCCAAGCGGUAGCUUGGAAAAGCCAAGGUGGCCAGCUGGGAAUGAAUGAGGAGCAGCCAGAAGGCAUGAGCUGCAGGCCAGCAGAAAGGGAAGAACAUCCAGUCAUGUUGGAAUGGGGUCCUCUAAAGGGGAAACUGGAGAGGAGCCUUGCUGAGAUACAGGUACUAGAGAGGGAGAAGGAGACUCUUAUGGAAACUCUGGUGUCCCAGGAGAAAAGUCUGGUGUUUUCAAAACUAGAGGUUCAGGACCUUCAGAAGGAGCUGUCGGCAUGUCAGGAGCAUGUUGCCACUCUCCGGACAUCUCUGGAGGAGCAGGAGAAGGCCCUAAGGGUCAAGGAAGAAGCAGCUCAGGGUUUGCAAAGAGAGUUGAAUAGCCAGUUGGCCCAGCUACAGGAUGCCCUGGGGAAAAACACUACGCUGGAGGCUCAUUUAGAGGAAGCGGCCAGCAAGAAGUCUCAGCUGGAAGCUCAAGCUGUUGAGGAGCAGGCCAGGCAUGAAAGGACUUUGCAGGAAUUAGGGAACCAGCUGGGAACUUUUGAAAAGGAGGUGGCCAUACUGCAAGAGGAGAGGCAGCAGCUGUGGGCCACCUUGCAGCAAGCCGUCAAAGAAAGAGAGGCCUUGGCAAUGCAAGCUGAGAGCAUGGCUUCUGCUCUGGACGGACGGACGCAGGAGGCUACACAGCUUCGGAACGAGCUGGAGGAGCUCAAGGCCACCAGCAAAGCACAACAGACAUCCUUGCAGGAGACAAAUGAAGUAGUGGCCUCAGCCCUCAGGGGAGAGUGCCUACAGCUGAGAAAUCAAGUGGAGCAACUGGAGCAGGAGAAGAUGUGGGCCACAAACAUUGCGGAGCAACUGAGUGAAGACUUGGAGCAGGGCUGGGAAUGGCCCAGGGAGGAAGGUGCUCUACAGAGGACAUGGCCUCCUUCUGUCACUGUGCUGGACUUGGCCUGUGGGGCCAGAGAUGAAAAGGGCAGUGACCUGGUCAGGAAGAGGGGCAUUGCUGAGGAAAACAGCCAUGGAGGAGCAGGGUCACGGCCAAUGAACACAGAGUUUCUUCAGGUCGAUGGGCUGCAAGAUGCGGCAAGUCCUGUCAAGAAAGGGGCCAGUGCUAAGCCUAGUGCAGAAGCCCAUGGGAAGGUAAGGGACUCAUGUUCCAUGUACAAUGUGAAGAUACAUGAUAGUUGAGAAAUGGUGUGCUACUGAUCCUGACCAUAUGGAGGCACUUGCCUGCAACUGGCAUCCCUCUUCUCCAGUGAGAGAAAGUCUGCGGAAGGGGUAGCCAAUGUGGUGGCCUCCAGAAGUUGUUGGACUCCAACUCCCAUCAGCCCCAGCCAGUGUAGGCAGUAGCCAGAGAUGCUGGAAGUUGGAGUCCAGCCACAUAUGGUGGGCACCAUGUUGACUAGCUCACAUGUAUGGCAAGUCAAAAUAACUAUGAAGUUUGAGUUUUAUAUGUCAUGUGCUGAACUUUUAAAUUUGGGGUGAAUCUAGAGUUUCAUCUAGGACUCAGAUUUUAGGCAAUCCUCAAAUUUAUGUGACAAAACUUGAAUUUCAGUACUCAAAUCUGGAAAUUGAAACUAAACAUUUGGUCUCUAAAAACCAAUCCCCUAAUUCUGAUUUAUUUUUUCAAAAAUAAAAUCAAACCGUUAACUUAAAAGCAACGUUUUUCUGCAGCAUUAUUUCAAGGGGGGAAAAAAACAUUGGAGACAGGAACAAACAGUGUGUGUAUCAGAAAAAAGUAAAACCAUUUUUUCUAUGCAAAGUCCUGGUGUGCUGGUGAAGCUCCAGGCCAGAAAGUAUUGUGAGCAAAAAUAUAGGCUCAUUUAGAGUGCUGGGCAAAAAAAGCAGCUAAGUAAGUUCUGGAGUUUAGCAGUCCAUUACCAAUGGCAUUUUCUGAAGGAGUGCUGCCCCAGCAACUUCAUUUUGCAGAUGCUGCUACAGCCUUGAAAAUGCAGCUGUCGAAUUUGAAGCCUUGGCAAUAACCCCACAGUUGCAUGCUCCUGGGUCUGUGUGAUCUCUCUAACUGGGACCCACUGAUUUUCUAUUGUGCUUCCCCCCCCCUACCUGAUUCCCCUCAGUGUCUAACUCACCAUCUGAAGAAAAUGACGGCUGAUGUGCAGCAAGCAAAGCAAAUGUUUGCUGCCAAGGAACAAACGAUGAUGCAGCUGAUGGAGCAGCUGAGCCGGUGAGAGCAUGAGCCUAUUUCAUUGGAUGGUAGGUUUAAGGGAAGGACUGUAGCUCAGGGAGAGAGGAGGUGCUUUGCAUGGAGAAGAGUUCAUAUCCCAUCUCUGGUAGGACUGGGAAGACCCCUGCCUCAAACCCUGCAGAACUGCUACCGGUCACUGCACUGAGAUAGAUGGACCAUUGGUUUGACUUGGUGUAAGUCAGUUUCCUGUGCUUCUAUAAAGCAGGGAUAGGGAAUUAGAUCUGGCCAGUCACCUGUCAAUCACCUGAUGUCAUAAAAUGUCAGGUGAUUCAGCUGCAAAGAAAGAAUUGUGAGUGCCCUUCGUGUGCUCCAGGUCCUGUGUUAAGGAAAUGCUGAAGAAAUCAUAUAUUAUCAAACUCCAGGAUUCUUUGAAACAGGCCAUUGCAAUUAAAGUGGUUCGAAACAACAGAUGUUCACAGUGUGUAUGUAUUCAGUAGUUUCCUUUCCUCCUGCUUAGGUCUCAGCAGGAAAAAGAACAGUUGCUGCUUUUGCUGGAGAAAAGCCGACAGGAAUCGGAAGAGAAGGAGAAGAGGUACAAAGGGGAGCUGUCAGAACAGGGGGAGACCAUUUGCAACAUGAAAGGAAAACUGCUGGAGUUACUACGGUGAGUAAACUGAGUCCAUGAGGAGCAGAGGAGAAGGGAGCCGCACUCCCUUCAUGCUGCUGGCUUUGGAAAUGCAGACUAGGCGACUGGGGGGGAGGGGACCCCACAAAGAUCAAAACACACUAGAUAAGCUAGAGACCAGCCAGAGUCUCAUCUUCCCAGCUGGAAUCCUCAGCUGCAGCGCAGUGAUAAAGAGCAACACACAUCCAAGCACCACAGAAUAGCAAUACAAAGCGUAGUAUUCAUUUUAUUAAGAUCAAUACAACUGCAAUCUUAUGUAUAGGUUCCUGGGAGUGAGCUGCAUUGGUACUCACUUCAAAUUGCAUAGGGUCAGCUUGUAAAACACAUUGAGUGCAUUUCUUGAAUUGACAAUGGGCUACAAGAGAUGAUCUAUAAUUCUUCAAAGGCUCCAUCUUUUGUCAUGGGCUGGUGGCGGUCAUUAGCUGCCUAUAGAGCUAGAAAAAGUAAAUUUCUCUGUCCUCCGUUUUCUUCUUCAGGGAAAAAGAUGCCCUGUGGCAAAAGACAGAAGGCAUUGCCUCCACAACAAUAUCCCCAGCUCCUCAGAACCCAGGGGUGUGUGUUCAGUGCAAAAAGGAUUUCAGGCUCAUGUCGCGCCGAUACCAGUGCAGGUAACGUCUGUCCUAUUAUUAUUGUUGUUGUUGUUAUUAUUAUUAAUUAAAUUUAUAUGCUGCCCAUUAUCCAAAGAUCACAGGGGCAGUUCAUAACAUAAAAAUACAAAAUGAGAACACAAAAUACAUGAUAAGAACAAGAACAAACCAAUAGCCCCUCUCCCACAAACACAUUUAAAAUGACAGGCUGUUUAAUUAGCCAAAGGACAGGGAAAAGAGGCUGCUUGGUUCAAUGUAAUGAAGGCGCCAGGCAAGCCUUCCCAGGGAGAACAUUCUACAAAUGGGGAGCCACUGUAUAAAAGAAAUAACUUGUGUGGAGGACCAAGUGUUCAGGGCUGGAUUUAGGUUUGAUGAGGCCCUAAACUACUGAAGGUAAUGGGGCCCUUUAUAUGUCCAGCUGUCCUUUGUCAACAACAAAUUGUCACUGUUUUUUGUGUUGAAUAUAUGCUGCAUGGUAAUUUAUGGACCUAAUAGGUAUCUAAAGCCAUUUGCCACUGUUGCUGUAUGUAGGUUUGUUUGUUUUUUUAUCUUAUAUUCUGGAAAUGUACAUCAAGGUGUUUUUUCUUUAAAAAAAUUUGAGGGCCCCAAGAGAGUGGGGCCCUAAGCUAUAGCUUGUUUAGCUUAUACGUAAAUCCAGCACUGCAAGUGUGUCAAGGAUAAACAGAACUUUAGCCAGGAAUUAUGCUUUUUCCUCCCCCUGUUCUGUUUUUCUGCCCUACUGGAUCCCACAGCAUGUGGGAAAAGGGGGCUGAACCAGAGAAUGGCCCUCCCCAGUGAAGAAUACCCCUACAGAUGGGUCUCUUUGGUCAAAGUGAGAAUGUGAAAGCAUCGAAUGACGGAACAUCCCAGUGUGUCCUUUUGCAUGCGGGGACUUCUGGAGAGAGCUGACGUAUAUCUCCGUUGGUAAUAUUAGAUAAGUUAUGCAUAUCGUUGAAGGGCACUCAGAUGCAAAAAGGGGUGAUCAUUUUUUGAGAUUUAGGCACCAUGCUUCUGUUACUACAGCCUCAAUUUGCAUUAGCUUUUUAGGCAGCUGCGCCACAGCUCAUAUUCAGUUUCUGAUCAACUCGGACUUUUCACCUGAAACAAGUGAAUAAGCACAUCAUAAAUUAAGUGGCAAUACCCUAAAACCACACUCUCAUAUCCUCUCCAUCUCAAAAGCCUCUUUUUGUAUCUUUUUCCUUGUACCAUCAUCCCAUAGUGUGAGAAAGCUAGCUGUCAACAAUUUCAGGUGCCCAGGCUGUGUCUCACGUGAUGUUUCCCAUUUCUCGUCAGUUGUUCCCAUGCUCGCUUGUGAAAACCACAAUGUCUUGUUUUGGAUCAUGACUUCUCCUUUCUGCAGCUGUUGUUACUAAUGAAGGGUCUCCAGCUCCCUAGCAGUUGAAGAGGGGUGAUGCAGUGGCAGGGCCUAAUUUGAUGGGACACACAUCCCCAGUCAGAUCUAUCAUCUCUCUACUUUUUAAACCUCCUGCCCUUGCCUUUAAAAACUUGUAUAAACUCUUUGUUUACAGGGCAGCUGGAUGCUCUGCAAGUUCAGUGCCGGUGACAUGCCAGCCACCUGCCAUCUUAUUGUGUCUAGAGGCAUCUAUAGACAGGCCCUGUCAAUGAUCCAAGAGGACCAGGCCACUUCCAGCUUUUGAGACCCCUAGUCAUAAUGUGUGUAGUGCAUUAUCAUGACUAUUCAGAGCAGGUUUGGAUUUUUAGCCCUGCCCUUUAUGUCAGGUUGUUACAGUUUGGGGAUAGAACUGGAUAGUGAACUUUAAAUAACAGCUUUGCUCUGCUUGCCAAAAUUGAUCAGGCCUGAAACGCACAGCAUAGGAUGCUUUCUUCGGAAAAAGGAAUGCAAGGAUAUAAAGAUAAACAAACAGACCAAAACCUGAGGUCUUCCUUUGCAAGGGAAUAUAUGGACAAAGAACCAGACCAAAAAUGAAAGUCCAAAACUUUGUUGCCUAACAAAAUGUUACACAGCUUUGGAUAUUCUCACCCUUGUGAAGAAAAACACUGUAAAGGAGAAAUAGAGAUUAAAGUGAAGGCAUUACUCAACCUAGCACACUAACCCUAAUACACACACACACACACACACACACACACACACACACACACACACACACCAAGGAGUGAGGAAGUAAGUACAUCCAGAAAAGAGUGUCCUGGCAAAGGAGCCUGAUAAAAUUAGGAAAAAUAAGUAAGGCAGGAGAAAGAAGUGCCAUGGUCACAUCUUUCCCAUAGAAUCCAUAAAGCCAACUGACUUGUGAAAACAGCAUUCUUCUCUGUCAAGAUCCAGAUUUAACUUGUCUUGAAAUUGUUCUCUCCACUUGCAUGGGAAUGUCCUCCAUUUGCAUAGGCCCACAGCUUCUGCAUUUUAAAAGUAGCAGAAUGCAGAUUGCUUGCAUCACAGUUCACACGCACAGCAAAUCUUGUUUGCUUCUUAGCCCUCUGUAAGGGAAAUCUCUCUCAUGCAGACACUCACAGAAAGGUAACUGUUCCAUUCUGGUUGCCCUGCUGUCACUAGAGCUAGAACUAUUUCUUAGCAAAUGUUGCUCUUUAAAGCUCACGACUUAAAUUUUCAGUCCAACUGGGUUAAAAACACUGCUUACUUAAUUUCAAAAAUAAAAGGACAGAACAGGAUUUGAGAGAUAUGAUACAUAUUUUUAAGAAGCAUUAUAUAAAGCAUAAGCAUACAUGUCGUUAAUAAACAUUAACAAAGUGGUUUCCUGUGCACACUCACUCUUUCGCUUUCUCUUUUUUUAAAAUAUAAUUUUUAUUAGUUUUUUUAACAUAUCAUUUUCAACAGUAAUUAAAAAUACUUUUACAUCUUAUUCAAAUUUUUGACUUCCAUCAAUCCUGUCUGAAAAUUUUCCAAUCUAAUCUCUCAGUAUGCAUUUCUUAUUCUCCCUAUUACAUUUCAAACUCAUAACCAAUAUCUCUAUCUUUUUAUACUUUGUAACACUUCGUAUAUUUCUCCUUACAAAACUUCUUGUAAUCCUACUAGCGUAAUUUGUUGAUUAUAGUUGCUCUUCAAAUAAUUCAUAUACUUCUUCCAAUCUUCUGUAAAUCUCUGGUCCCGCAGGUUUUGAAUCCUUCCUGUCAUUUUGUCCAAUUCUGCAUAGUCCAUUAAUUUUGUCUGCCAUUCUUCUUUCAUCGGAAUUUCUUCUUGUUUCCAUUUCUGGGUUAAUAAUACUCUUGCCGCAGUUGUUGCAUAUAAAAACAAUUUAACAUCUUGCCUAUUAAUAUCCUGACCUAUAAUACCAAGUAAAAAUGCUUCUGGGUUUUUUAAGAAUGUGUAUUUCAACAUCUUUUUCAUCUCAUUAUAUAUCAUUUCCCAGAAGUUCUUUACUUUUUUACAUUCCCACCUUCUUUCGCUUUCUCAGGUUGUGUCGGAGCAUGGUGUGUCACGCCUGCUCGGUGAGCAGCGGGCACAAGGAGCGCUGCUGCCUUCCCUGCUACCAGAAGAGAAAUGGCCAGGGCACCUGACCAGACUCAGAGGGCUCAGCCAGGCAGCCCAUUCCACCCAGUGGUACAGACACUGCAAGUCCAGAAAAUGGCUCCCUCCCUGAGUGUCAUGUGGGAAUGGAUGUGACUGACUUCUGUUUGGGCAUUGGUUGCAGGCUCCUCCAAAUGAAGAGGAGCGUAUGGUGGCAGUCAGGGACAUCGUAAUGAUAAACGGCUUAGAAAUUAAAUUUGUAUCAGGGAUGACUCUAAAUAUUCAGUGGGUUCCAGUGGUGUAGGAGAAUCUCUCAUUCUUUCCAGAUCCAACACUAUUAGUUAGAAGUCUGUUUUUAUCUGGUGUUUCUGUGAGGCAUGCAGCCAGGCACUCAGAUUCAGCCAUUUGCCUUCAGCCCCUGCAGCUGAAUAUUUCCCAAGCUUCUCCUUUGCGGGAUACCAUGUGUUGACUCAACAAACAGUUGCUGUGGUUGGUUUGAGGUCCUGGGGACAGCAAGCACAUGAAGCAUGGAUAAGGGCAUUGUCCCAAUGAACUUGAGUCCAUCAUUAAAGUUAAGCAUAUGGAAGCUGGCAAACAUGGGAUCUGAAAGUGAGCGACUUCAUGAGCAGUUGCCCUGUUCUCUCUCAGCAGCAUCACAGAAGGAGAAAUUUUGUGGGAUAAUGCUGUGGCUACGCCAAAUUCCCAAGCUAGUCCAGGGAAGCAUUUUGCUUCCGACUGUACUGUUUCCUACUGCAGGUGGUGGGAACUCCUAAGGCAGCUGGGAAGAUGACUGAUCAGGAAGAAUUAUGGAAGGGGAGGAGUCCCCGUCGCCACCAUGGAUGGCAGGUGUCAUGUCCCCAGUUCACUGUACUUUAUUUUUACUCUGAAGAUCACUAUUGGAAACUGGAAUCCAUAAUUGAAUCAUGUAAUUGCUGUGGAAGAAAUGAUUAUUUAUGGGGUGGAGCAUUCAGAAAUUAAAUCUUAAAGAAAAUCAUCUGGGUGGU